GUGGCUUCAGCGUUAACUAUGGGUGGAGUUUUCGACUCACAGCAGCAGGUUAUAUCGCUCAAAUGUAGAUACAAUGAUUUGAGUUUCAUCCGGGAGAAGUGAAGCACUUAUACGGGGAUAAAGCGGACUAGAAUGGCUUCACCACUGUGGCAGACCUACCGAUUAAUAUGCAGUACAAGGGUUACGAAGUUGAUAAUCUUUCUGCUGUUAUCAACGAUUAUUAUCCUCAGUAUGGACGGUGAUUUACUCAGAAAAAGACUGACUGUGCCUAUUGAAAGGGCAGAAACACAAGAACCCGGAGAAACAGGGGAAGAUGACCUUGCAGAGGAGAGGUCACUUGCCAAGCAAAACGACCUUGCAGAGGAAAUUGACCUUACGGAGGAAGAAAUUGCGAAGGAGAACCCGUUAGCUUGUAAUGUCCCCGCAUUAGAAACCUAUUCACAGUUCGUCAGGGCCUUGAAAACUCUCGAGACACAUUGCAGCAAACCAAAAACGUUCGGUGGGCCGCCGAAGGGUAAACCCGACGCGAAGAAGAUCAUUUGCCUGGACGAAAGGUUCAAGAUCGACCCCCAAAAUUGCAGUGUGUUUUCUUUCGGCAUCAACCGAGACUUCAGCUUCGAGGACGGCAUGGCACGCUAUGGCUGUCAGGUGUUUGCAUACGACCCAACAAUGGGCGUGGAUGAUCACCAGCGUUCGGAAAAAGUGAGAUUCUUCGCCACUGGGAUUUCAAAUUACAACGGACAGAAAUUAGUUGGUAUGUCGAAGUCCUGGUCUAUGCAAAAGGUGGACAGGUUCGAGAACUUGGUGAAGGCUGUCGGCAUGGAAGGGAAGGUCAUCGACGUAGUGAAGCUGGACGUGGAGUUGGCGGAGUUAGAUUUCAUGCAAGACAUGCUGUUCAAUUCUCGCCAUGUACUCAAGAACAUCAAGCAGAUAGCCAUGGAGAUCCAUUCGGAUUUAUUUAAAAAAGAGAUAAAUCAGCUCUCAUCCCAUCAAGUCUUCUGGCCUUAUCUGAACAUGAUGAGAUGCGCUGGAUUCAAGCUCAUCACAACCAGAUCUGGAGGAAAAUGGAGAGAGGUGGUCUGGGCACAAGAGAAACAAUGGUGAUUUUCCUCCGCGAUGCUAGGAGUGCAAGUGAGGCCAAGAUUCCUUGAUUCAGUGAUAAAAUUGUCAAUUUCCUUCUAAAAGUAUACUGGUGUAGGUGUCACAUGUCGCUUAUACGAAGUUUUAUGUGAGCGCUGGAGGUGAGCUUUAGCUUUUCGUGUUUUAUAUAGCUUAAUAGGAAUAUUAAUGUUUGUUAAGUCAACGUAGUGUGAUGUAAAUAAAGGGUUGAAAUAGAAA